AUGCCUGAGGUGUGGGUUGCGCGUAAGGGCGGCACGUUCCACAAGGCGUUAACACAGUCACUGACUAAAGUCACCAAGAAGCUGCCCAAGAAGCGGACGGACUCUCGCAAGCAGAGCUAUUCCUUUUAUGUGUACAGGCUGCUGAUCCAGGACCACACUUCCACCAGGAUCUCGUCCAAGGCCAUGAGUGUCAUGAACUCCUUCGUUGUUCACAUUUUCGAAGGCAUCACCUCCGAGCCCUUGCACCUCAUUCACUACAACCAGCGCCACACCAUCUCGGCCAGGGAGAUCCAGAUCACCAUCCACUUCAUGCUGCCAGGGGAACUGGCCAAACUCGCCAUCUCCGAGGGCACUAAAGCAGUCACCAAAUACACCAACUCCGCUUCGACCGAUCAUUCUAAAGAGUAUAAACUCUCCGCCUGAUGCUCAGUGGCAUCUCCAGUAUUGACUAUCGCCACAGACAGCAGCCACUGUGUGGAACUGUUGUUUAUCAGGAGGCCAGAAUUGUGGGAGCUCUGAAAUCGGGGAAUGGGGCGCUUCUCA